UUCUGGGACCUUGAAGCAGAAAGAGCCAGAGCCUGACAGACACACUCAGAAUCUCAGAAGAAGUGACGAUGAUGCUCCUGCCACUCCUGGGGGUCCUGCAUCUGCUCUCCUGCCCAGCUCUAUCCCUGAGGCAGCCCAGUGAAGAUUACUGGGGAGACUAUGGACCGUAUGGACCUUGCAGCAGAACCUGUGGAACUGGCGUCGCUUUGAGAUCCAGAACCUGUGUGACUAUGAGAACAGACGGAGGUCACAACUGUGUUGGACCCUCCAGGUCCUACAAGACCUGUAACACACAGCCAUGCCCAGCUGGAGCCAUGGAUUUCAGGGAGGAGCAGUGUGCCCAGUUCAAUCGCAUGGACUUCCAGUCAAAGCGUUACUCAUGGGGGCCAUACUAUGGAGCUGAAAACCCCUGUGAGCUGGUGUGCGUCCCCAGAGGAGAGAACUUCUACUAUCGCCACAGGCCCACCGUGGUGGAUGGCACACCCUGUUAUGUGGGCCGCAGCGACAUCUGUGUGGAGGGAGUCUGCAGAGCGCUGACUCAUGGGGAGAUUCUGAGUUUGGAGACGGGCCCUGCAGCUCCUUCUGUUGCCUCUCGCCCCUCUGUGCCCUCACGCCCCACUGUGUACGACCCCUCCGUUUAUGAACCCUCCGUUUAUGAGCCCUCAGCUCCCCUGAGAGAGACAUACAGAUACUCGUUGUCUGCAUUCUCCGAGUGCUCUGUGUCCUGCGGCGAGGGCCUGCAGACCCGUACGAUCCAGUGCGUGACGGACGGCUCAGGGCGCCCCCGUGUGGUGGACGACUCUUACUGCGCCUCUAUGGGCCUCACUCGCCCCCACGAGCAGAAGCACUGCAGGGGCACGGGCGCCUGCGCCGAGUACAGCGUGUCCAGCUUCGGCACGUGCUCGGCCACGUGUGGAGAGGGCACCCAGCAGCGGGAGGUCUACUGCGUGGGCGGCCGCGGCGAGAGGCUGCCGGAGUCGGCCUGCGCUGGACUGCCUCGGCCGGAGGAGCUGAGGACGUGCCAGAGGCCCUCCUGCCACCAGCGCAUCAGCUACCACGUGUCGGACUGGAGCCUGUGCUCAGUAAGUUGUGGAACAGGACGCAGGGAGAGGCGUGUGGUGUGUAUGGACCAAGACCAGUUUGAGUUCACAGAUGACCGCUGUGCCUCUCAAAGCAAGCCCUACACCGUUGAGAGCUGCAACACACAGCCCUGCCCUGGAUCACAGAUGGUUCCUAGCGUGCCAGAUCCCAGGGGACAUGACAACACUCUGCGUGGAUUUAGGCCUUAUGCACCUGAAGUGGACCAAGGAUCUCCCCGCCCCUCUCAGCCCUACAUCCCUGUGGUGGGCCCCCACUGUGCCCAGUCCUACUAUGGCUGCUGCCCUGACGGACACACCGAGGCCGCUGGGACCAGGGGUGAGGGCUGCCCUCGGAACGACUGCGUCAAUACCAGGUUUGGCUGCUGUCUGGACGGGGUGACUGCAGCCCAGGGCUUUGGCUAUGCAGGAUGUCCUGACUACCAGCCACCGAUGGCCCCCCCAGCUGAGGGUGACGUGUGCACCUUGCCCCGUGAGGUGGGCCCCUGCCACGACUGGAUCUCCCGCUUCUACUUCGACUACUCCCAGAGGACCUGCACCCACUUCUGGUACGGCGGUUGCCAGGGCAACGGAAACAGCUUCCUGUCCAUGGAGGCGUGUCAGAGGCAGUGCGGCGGCGGGGCCCCGCCCCCUCCUCCCCCACCGGCCGCGGGGCCCGCACGGAGACCCGUCUUCAGAGUGAGACCUGCCAGACGAAGACCAUACCGCGCCAGCAAAUGAGAACAGAGAGAUUUCAAAUCGCUCCAGCCCAUAGAAGGAGUGAGAUCGUUGAGCUCCAACCAAUAGGGGGGCUGAAGAGCAUUUAUGUACAACAGAAAGCACAGUUAUGUACACAUAUGGUGACAUAUUGGUCACUACCAUCGUAGAACAUGCAUACACACACAUACACCCAAUCAACACACACACACACACACACCUGAACAAUUCCAAAGUUUGCCAGUGGUCAUCCUUAACACAUUCACCUCAAGGCUUUCUGUCAGUUAGGCAAGACCCCCUGGACAACAUGUUUUACUGAGUUUCUCUCACAUGUCGUACAGGUUUGAACAUCUGGACUCUUACAGAACAGUUUGUCAUCAAUAAAGCAGUCUGUUAGCCUGUAAAAGAAGAUGAUCUUAUCACUGUGAUAUGAAAUCAAUAAACAUGUGUUGUUUUCCAAGAA